UUUGGCCUUGACCAAGUCUGGCAACUGCUCACAAGAUGAUGGCGCCCACGUGCAGUUCUGCUCUUUUUGAGUGGCUCAUGUUGGGUUCGCAUUCGUCGCAUUAGCUAAGUCGCGAGGCUAUGGCCCCAAGGUCCAUAAGCAGUCGGGGAGACUCCAAAACUCCAUCCUUUUGGAGACCCUGCUACCAAUUUUAGUAUCUAAAUUUAACAGCAACAAAUCUUCCUGCUCAACAACACCGCAUAAGCCGGCGGAAAAAGGACCCCGACAACAACAUUGGACCACAACAGAUCCACGAACGUAUUGAGCAACUCAAAGCGAGUAUAAGUCGUCAAGAUGUUCGUUGAUUGCUGUCGUUCAAGUGCCACCAGCAACGAGCUGCAGCAUUGGAACGAGAACUUCACUGCAUCGCAUUUCUCCUCGCCUUGAUCCGUCCGCAUCACCAAUUCACCCAACCACAUCGCGAUGCGCUGGCUUCAGGGCGCCGCGGCGCUCUGGGCACUGUUUGCCCCCCUAUCCCACGCUGUGGUCGACGAUCCAGCCAAGGACGCCGCCCCGUACCACCGGGAAUUCGUCCUCUUCCGCAGCGCCAACAUGGCCUCGCCCGACAAACUCUCCAGCGGGAUCGGCUUCCACUCCUUCCGCAUUCCCGCCGUAGUCCGCACCUCGACGGGCCGCAUCCUGGCCUUCGCCGAAGGCCGCCGCCACACCAACGAGGACUUUGGCGACAUCAACCUGGUCUACAAACGCACCAAAACCACCAACAACCACGGCGCCGACCCGGACGACUGGGAAGGCCUUAAAGAGGUAGUCGGCUCCGGAUCGGGGACAUGGGGCAACCCGACCCCCGUGGUCGACGGCGACACCAUCUACCUCUUCAUGUCGUGGAACGGCGGCGCGUACAGCCAGAACGGCAACAACAAGCUGCCCGACGGCAGCGUCACCAAGAAGAUUGACACUUCCUGGGCGGGGCGCAGGCAUCUGUACCUGACGCGCAGCACCGACGACGGCAAGACGUGGUCCAAGCCUGAAGAUGUCACCAAGGAGCUGACCCCUGACGGGUGGGCGUGGGACGCCGUCGGGCCGGGGAUCGGCAUCAAGCUGACUACCGGCGAGCUGGUCGUCCCCGCGCAGCGGAGGAAUAUUAUCGGGCGUGGUACCCCCGGAAACAGGACUUGGUCCCUGCAGAUGUUGCCGGGGGGUGGGUCCGAGGGUACCAUCGCGCAGACGCCGGAUGGGAAGCUGUACCGGAAUGACAGGCCUGGUGGGGAUGGGGAUUACAGACGGGUUGCGAGGGGCACGCUGACGUCGUUUGGAGCUUUUGCGGACGAUACGGGUCUGCCGGAUCCGAGGUGCGAAGGGUCGGUGCUGUUCUAUAACCAGGCCGAUGAUGGUCCGGCGAGGACGAUUUUUAUGAACUCGGCUAGCAAGGACAGUCGACGGCAUAUGCGGGUGCGGAUUAGUUAUGACAAGGACGCGAAAAAGUGGAAUUAUGGGCGGGAGCUGAGCGACGCGCCGGUUUCUGGGGCUGGGUACGAGGGGGGGUAUUCGAGCAUGUGUAAGACGGCUGAUUUCAAGAUUGGUGCUCUGGUGGAGAGCGAUUUCUACAAUGACAAGGGGGGCGGGAACUCGUACCGGGCGAUCAUCUGGCGGAGGUUUAACCUGUCCUGGAUCCUCCAUGGGCCGCGGAAUUAGGGGAGAAGGUGGACUGGAUGGAGCCUGAGGCGGUCAAUAAAGGAGAUGGAUCCGUACAUACUACCUACAUGUAACUUUUACUUACAUUCGAUUGUACAUACUUGUUAGCUACAUCUUAGGUUGCUAAAUCGAGAACAUACGCAGAGACGUGGGAUUUC